GAAACCGGACGGGGGGAAUUGCGCAAGUUGGUUGACGAGAUGCGGCUCAAAAAUCACCGUAGGUACUUAAGUACGAAUUUAUACCGAGUAGACACAAGAUGAUAGCUCCAGAGACCAAUUCAAAACCCCAUUUCAAAAUUCUUCUUUUAAACAGCACUUAACUAAUACCUUCAAAAUGUCCCUUCACAGUGAUGCUGCGAUUGGAAUCCUCACACAACCAGCGCUAGAUGGCUACCUCAAUUAUCAAAAGAUUGACGAGCGCAGCACCGAGACGGGAAAAGGCACCAUUGGCUUGACCCCCCUUGCACUAGCUGCACGUAAUGGCCACGCCGAUGUUGUCAGGCUUCUCCUUGACAAUGGUGCGGAAGUCGACGCUGUCUCAUCCCAACAACGUACUCCUCUCUGGAUCGUAACUUCUCGAGGUCAGGGUGAUAACAGGGUAGAGAUAGUCAGUCUCUUGUUAAGGCAUGGAGCCAAGGUCAAAUACUCUCAUCCUGACCUCCAGAAUGGGUCUACCCCUCUUGAGAAUGAGCUGAAGCAGAGAAAGGAACCGGGGGUGAUCCAACUUCUCGUACAGUAUGAAGGCACGACAGAGACGGCACUGGAACUAGCUGCUCAACUAGGCCGCCCUGAGGUUGACGAUGCUAUGAGGCCCGCUAAGGACAGAAACAACUUCCGGGACGUCGUCAUUGACCUUAUCACGGCACUCAUCCUCUUUAUCUUGGCUUGGCUCAAUAGCAGUGUCCUAACGGGAAUUGCCAACAGUAUGUUUGACAAGUUCCAGAUUAGCGGUAACCGGACCAGUGCCAUGGCUAAGAGGAUCGAAGAUGAGAUACCAGCACCAAAAACAAAAGAAGAAUUCCUAAAGAGUAUCGGCGACUUUGUGGACAACCACAGAUUGGGUAAAUUCUUCAGCAAAGACAACGAGAGGUUGCUGGAAGAUAUCACAUCCAAGGCUGUCGACCUACAGAACGAUGAAUGUUCGUUCUUAGGUGAACCAGAAAAUACCGAAAACCUUGUGAAGGUUGCGCUUUACCAGCCUGUUAUAUAUUGCGACGACAGCGGGUCAAUGGACGCAAGGUGCAACCCUCAGAGAGAAGACCGCAUAGAGGACCAGCGCCAACUAGUCAGGAGAAUCGCGGCAAUUUGCACCAAGAUCGUACCUGAUGACCUGGGUGUUCACCUGCGGUUUAUCAACAAUGAACCGCCUCACGCCAACGACCUGAACACAGACGCCAUUAAGAGUAUCAUGUCUCAGGUGAAGCCAUCUGGAUUCACUGAGAUCGGUACCCGUCUCCGCGAACGCAUCCUAAACCCCUUGUUAUAUUCUCAGUAUAACGACGAGGUAAAGAACAUGAAAAGACCAAUCCUUAUCUCAAUCAUCACCGACGGGGUUCCGUAUGGAGGAAAAGCGGGGUCGUCAGAAAGGCUCAACACACUCCAGGACGAGAUCAUCCAAUGCCAAGAUUACUUGCUUGAAAUGGGCCUUCCACCGCGUGCUGUGGUCUUCCAGAUCAGCCAGAUCGGCAGUGACCCGAGCUCCAAGGAAUUCCUGCAGAAGCUGAAGGACCAAAAUCUCGACAAUGUGUACAUCACCUCGCAACAACUUGACUCCAAAUUCCGCGAGUUCAGGGACAACGAGAGAGAUCUCGAGGCUUGGUUAUUCCAAACACUGCUCGAACCAAUCUUGGACAGGAGAAGCGACUAGGCUACCAAUGCAUACCUAAGCUUUACCAGAAAGCCACUGGGAACAAGCUUUAACUAAGGGAGACCAAAGUAUUACUGUAGGAUCAGGGUAAAUGAUGGGAUUGGACGAGAAGGUUUAUUAACACGUCAGCCGACUUAUGUCGGGUUCAUUCGUUCUUGUAGUUCUAGUCGUUGCGGAAGAAUGUUGUUAUCGCGCGCGAGGAGUCUCGGCUUUUUUUCCUUUGUGUAAAAG